CUGUUUCUGUGAGUCAGUGAUCGGCUGUGUGAGAGGAGGCUAGCAGAGCUGCGCCGCAUAGAUGCUCGCACUGCUGGAUAAAGCCAAAAGCAAGGUGAAAGAUCAGAGAGAGGCAGAUAUCCAGUGAUGGACGGGUUUACGGGGGACAUGCUGAGCGGCGGCCGGGCUCUGCUCGGUGAGGACAGCUCGGUGAUGGCUCGCAUGCAGAAGAAGUUCUGGAAGACCAAGCAGGUCCUCAUCAAAGCCACGGGCAAGAAGGAGGACGAGUACGUGGUGGCCUCAGACGCCGACCUGGACGCCAAGCUGGAGUUUUUCCGCUCGGUUCAGUCCACGUGCACGGAGCUGCUGAAGGUGAUCGAGAAGUACCAGCACAGGAUCACACGCUUGUCUCAGGAAGAGAACGAGCUCGGCCUGUUCCUGCGCUUCCAGGCCGAACACGAUCGCACGAAGGCUGGCAACAUGAUGGACGCCACCAGCAAGGCCCUGUGCACCUCCGCCAAGCAGAGGAUGGCUCUUUGCCCGCCACUGCACCGCUUGCACCAGGAAGUGGAGACGUUCAGGCGGCGUGCCAUCGCCGACACGCUGCUGACAGUCAGCCGUAUGGAGAAGGCCCGCACCGAGUACAGAGGAGCUCUGCUCUGGAUGAAAGACGUCUCCCAAGAACUGGACCCAGACACCUACAAACAGCUGGAAAAGUUCCGCAAGGUCCAAGCCCAGGUCAGAGGGACGAAGGGCCAGUUUGAGAAGCUGAAGAAUGACGUGUGUCAGAAGGUUGACAUGCUGGGAGCAAGCCGCUGCAACAUGCUCUCACACUCCCUCUGUACCUACCAGACCACUCUGCUGCAGUUCUGGGAGAAGACGGCCCACGCCAUGUCGGGGAUCCACGAGGCCUUCCAGGGACACGUACCAUACCAGUUCACCACACUCAAAGACCUGCGCGACCCACUGGAGGAAAUAACGGACUUACAGAAACAACAGGAUAAGAAGGAGAAAGCUCUACAGAGCAACACAGACAAUCUGGUGUCCUUGGAUGACGACAAGCCAUCAGGAAGUGCCUCCAACGCAGACCCCGCCCACAGCAGUGACAGGCAGAGCCAACCCAGUGACAGUGCGCACCAAAAACCAACUAAACCUACUCCAGCCCUGCAAGACCUCAGAGGACUGUCAGUGGGCUCUGAUGACGACUUGAUGCUCAUGGCCUGUAAUCUGCCGCAGUCGGCGCUCGCAGCCCCAGAAAACUUCCCUCUCCAGCCCCAGCUCCUGCCUCCUCUUCAGAGUGAAGACCCCAGUGAGGCGUGGGGCUUUAGAAGCCUCCAGUCCAGCCUCUCGCAGCUGCCUGCCACCGGUGGCCCCCCCCACUGUGCCGGUACAGGGCUGAGACCAGAGGAGGAAGACGCCGAAAGGGGCGACAUGGCUUUCCUCAAAGACCUCCUGAGCCUGGGCCCGGGGGCCAGCGACGAGUUCAGCAGAGAGUGGCAGGAUGCUUUUGGGAUGUUUGACCCUCCCAGCGUCCCUCCGUCGAGCACGGGAGCGGCGAGUAGCGGGCCGGCAGCGCGUCCGCCCUCGAACCCCCCCAGCCCCACAGGCUUCCUGCCCUCCCAUCUGCUGGAUCACAGCCUGAGCUCUACAGGCUGGGCAACCCCGCCUAUGUUCCAAGCUCCGCCCCUGCAGCCGCCUCCUGAGCAGAACCAAUCAGCUCAACCGGCUCCAAGUCCAGCAGCUAAAGCCGCUCCAGGUGGAUCCAAAGACAUGUCUGCUUGGUUCAACCUGUUCGCAGACCUGGACCCCCUCUCCAACCCCGAUGCCAUCGGACGCUCCGCGGACGAGCUGCUCAACGCCUAAAGUUCUGUUUGUGUGUGUGUGUGUGUGUGUGUGCGCGUGUGUGUGUGCAGCAGUGUGUGAUUUCUCUCCAAGGAUCUGGAUAUCAGCAAGUUUCCAUGACAACAACCAAGUAAAAAAGAACACAUUAACAUUGACAAACGCUCUUACAGGCUUUGACACACACACACACACACACACACACGCGCCUGCAUUUCUGUCAGCAGGGGAGACGUGUACAUAUCCACACACACACACACACUUGUAUUUGUGUUACACUGGAAGUUAUUUGACACAGCGAAAGGAAAACACGGUCAGUCGAUUGUGAAACGCUCUCCUCAGCAGCUCACAGCUGCUCUGUGAACGACUGUUAACACCACACAUGAAGCCACUGACUCACAUGCACACAGCUGACCUCAUGUGGCUUGUGUUACCUUCUGCUGUCAGUCAUUGCAGCUUCUGUCAAGCGGAGAGAAUGUUUGUGUUACAGGUUUAUUUUGGACGCUGUCGUGUUUUUGUUUUAUUCAUGUUUGCGUUGUUUGGGUGUGUGUCAGUUUGCAAGGGACCCGGGAUGUAAGAGAAUAUCUAUUUACUGCUUAGUGUUGUCUCCACAUGGUAGCACACGAUUGUCACAUAUGAAUGGAGAGCAUAUAUAUAGGACAUAUGAGUGUGUGUGAGAUAAGAUGGGACCAUGAGCCUGUCACUGAACCUGUAUUUGCACACAGAAACAGCAGCAGUUGAAGCUCAAGCCGCACCCAGGGGUCUGUAUCCUGAAGCAAGAGUAGCGGGUUAUCCGGCGGUCUUUGGACUUGACUCUUUGGUAUCGCCAUGCUCAGAGGACAGCUUCAUUAGUAACCAAUCCAGCCCAAAAUAAGAGUCUACAGUCAUGCUAGCAGGUCUAUAAGAGAGCUCAAUGCUAACAUGCAGAUGUUGAGUAAGUGUAGUGCUAACAUCUGCUAUUUAGCACCAAAUAUAAAAUGUUUUAUCAGACAUUUCUUCUGUACUUUUCUUACCUUACUUUACUUUAACUGCUUAUAUUUUUCACAACAUUUUGUUCACCGUGCGACAAAAAAACCACUAAAAGUUCACUAUGCAAAGUAAAAUGAGUCAACUGAGCCAGUUCUCCAGGAUCAGUAGCGUUCGGCCCGGCGAAGGCAGGAAACCCGAGGAUGAACUCGCUUUGUGAUACAGACCCCUGCGCAAACUCCGGAUCUUGAAGACUCCACCGGUUAAAAAGAUAAAUAAUGAGACACUUUAUCGAUCACUGUAAGGAAAUAGUCUGUUAGGGGGUUCAGCCUAACGGUCUAAAAGGUAACACUAAACUGUGAGCCGUCCGGUGGUGUCAUUAUGACGGCCUGAAGCGGACUCAGAUUACAGGCAAAGUGUCCAAACUCUCUGUGACACCGACAGCCUCUUCACGUUCAUCCUCUCACCUUCAGCCCGGAUUGCCGAACGGGUAAAUCAUCUCCAGUCCCGUCUGUCGUUUCACAAUCACGAGUCCAAGGCCAAGAAAAAUGUGUGAAGGAUGAAGCAUUUAUUUUGUAGGAAGUUUAAAGUAGGACACAGGAAUAAGAUUAUUUGGGGUGGGUGGGUUAUUUAAGUCCGAUAAAGUAACGGCACCUAAGAUGCAUUGAAAUGUAUUUAUUUUCUGAUUAUAAUCACCAUUUGCUAAAUCAGAUGGUUUUGUUGUGCUGUACACUGAAGAUAACGCUAUAAAAUAACACUAAAAUACUGUGUAUUUCUAGCUCUGUGUGUUGUGUAUUUUGAGAAUUCGCAGAUGGAUUGUGGAAAUAUAAGAUUGUUUUAUGGGAAAAUAACACUGGAAAACUGUUACCAUGUCAUAAAAUGGAUUUCUAACUUCCCUAAUGUGGGGAAUUUCCUGAUUUUCCUGAUUUGUUUUUGGAGGGAAGACUCUUUAGACAUUUUUGAAUGUGAACAAACGGGGUGUUAAAGUGAAGAGUUGGUUUCUAAAAUGUAUUUUAUGACAAUUUAUGUGAGUGGUUGAGAGAAUAUGGCGUCCACAUGCACCAACUGGAAGCAAAUCCCUCAUGAACUUCAGAGUGCAUCAUGGGGGAAAAAAUAUUUUUUUGCGAGUCUCAGAAAACUUUUAUACAAGCUGCACGUUAGCGUCAUUUAAUUCUUUUUCUCUUGUUUUAAUGUGACAUUAUGAGGAAAAAAACAGGAAGAAACUCUACUGAUGCUGCUAUCCAAGUGCAGCGAUCACAAGGGAAGUGUUUCUGUCACAUCAUGCAUUAUACUUUUUACUCUUGAUUUACACACGUAACAAAAAGAAUGUAUUUCUCAUGUCAAUCACAAAUGCUUUAUUUAAUUCAACUAUGCCUUUUUAUUUCACUCGAGGGGUUUAACAGAUGAAAACUUGGCAGUUCUGUUUCCAAUAAACUGGACAAGCAAACAAAGAAUCAUUGUGUAGAUUAUUUCUUGCAUUGAGCCUCAUUCCAAAAUGCUGUUUAUCCACUUUGAAAAGAAAAAGAAAAAAGGAAUAU